UUGUUUUGCGCGCUGGCAGUUGUUUCCGUGCCAGCUCCGCACAUCCUGCAAAAGGGGGAGGGCCCCUCCGGGCGAGUUGGCUUGGCGGCAAGCGCUGCUGGGGCGGCCGACCGUUUUCGCCGGGGUCUUGCCACGCGGGCGUGGCUGCUAGUGAGAGCGCCUCGGCCGCAGCUGUGUCCACGCCGACACUUGUCGAACGAGCGUCAAAGCAGCGCACCCGCGCACUCCAGCGUCUUGCGUUUUUCCUGCCAGCAGCCAACCCUUGAUUUGCACCGCAGGCACGCGUGAUGGCCAGCUCCGGAGGUGCCAAGGUAUGCUGGAUGCUGGUGUGGCUGCUGCUGCUCAUCUUCGCCGCCUUCUGGGUAGCCGGCUUUGCCGCCUUCUGGUACAUCCUGGUGUACGUGCUGGUGCCCUGCGUGCCGGCGGCCAAGGACGUGGCCGCGCUGCUGCACCGCGGCGUGCUGCUGCCGUACUUCUGCUCCGACAACAUGGUCAACGGCAGGGACAUCAACAGCGGCGUCCAGUUUAUAUGCGCGGGAGGCACUGUGCCCACCUGAGCUCUUCGCUCGGCGCGUCUGUCAUUAGCCACAGAAUGCCGGCGGCACGCCACGUGUGCCUGUCCUCGUCCACCUCCUGCUUCUGACGGGACGUCUGCCACCCACUCCACAGCGCGGCCGCGCAUCCCGAAAUGGAAAACGCAAACAAAGAGCACGUUCACUUCGUGUGGCUAUUUAGAACGCAGUCUUCCAGUGCAGUGCUUCUCACUGCUGAUAUUCAAGGGCGCUCAACCGGGACAGUUGCCUGGAGAGUAAACAGAGGAGUCGCGAUAUCGUGAGAGUAGGAAAAAAAGACCGGAAAGAAAAAGAAGAACAAGAAGAAAGGAAGAAAAAAAAGAAAACGGUGCUUGCUCUUUAAAAAAAAAUUAUUUUUUUCAUCCCGGUAAUUAGACUAUAGUGGCAGUUCGUCGGCGUUUUCUGUUUCGAAGUUAAAUUGACCGCAGCCGGAAAUUUGAGGGCAGCUCGUGUCCUAGUCAAAUAAAAUACGACGUAUUCUUUAAUGCAUCAUUUAUUUACUGGACUAAACAAAGGCUUCUUUAUGUGGUCGCCGAAGAAGAGGAGGCGGAGGGUGGAUAUGAAGGAAACAAAGUGUGUCAUCAUCACAGUUUAGCGAAUGAAACCGCUCUAAGUUGGGCGAGUGCCAUCGUCAUUUUCCUUAGUUCAUGGUAUUUCUGCAAGCGAAGGGCAGUUGGUUUGGUUUCUAAAUGAAUGUACUAGCAAUGGAACCAGGUUUUAUGAAAGAGAAGCUUUUGUAUUGCUUAUUGACCUGAGCGAUCAUCGGCAUACAAAAAUACUUCUAUGAUUCGUGAUAGGCGGUCUGCUUAUUCUGGACUCGUCCCUCUUGUUCCUUUUUUUUGUAAGUUUCUUUCUUGGCGAAGUUUCUUGCCAUGUAUAAGUAAUGUCUGCAUAUAUCGCAUGACCGAAAAAUUGUCUAUUCUUUAUUGCUGAAAAGGGUAGCAUAGUGCUUGCAUCCUUUUUUUUUCUGUUGCAGUUGGUUGCGAAAAAUAGUACGUAGAUGCUCCGUUUAUUUGUGUCGGGGACGUGCAUAUAUCAUAAAUAUUUUCUUGUCCGAAGUUACUGUUAAGUCUAUGACUUCUGGUAACGCUGGUGUAGUUUGUGGUGCGUAGUUUUGGUUGAGUUCAUGUUGGGUUCGUUCGUAACAGUCCGUGACUACCGGUGGCGACUAUAUGUCGUGUGUAUGUGCUCGUGCGUCAACCACUUGUGCCUAGCUCUUUUACAUCAUUAUAACCUCAAAGUCUAUCAUUGACUAAUGUGUACUGUUAUUCAGACGUUCGUGACAAGGAAGCCAGUUGAGGAUAUUACGAUUCUCUUCGGUGGUAUACUUUUUCUUUGUUUAAGAUGAAAUAGGCUCUAAUAAUUAAUUUUCCAGUAACCAUAACUACUGAGCAAGCAUUCUCGUUCCUCCAAUUUGUCGCACUGUUACGAUUCCUUUCGUUUUGUACCGGUGAAAAUGUCAUCUUGCGACACAAGGCUCGGCUCCAGCGUUGAGCGUGAAUAAGUAGUUUUGCUAUUAACUUAUUGCCAGAGCAGGUUUGUCCAAUGGACAAAGAACAUAACGGUUUAUACAGGCUUAGUACGUUUCUUCAGCAUAUUCAUUUAAUUCAAAGCUACGCUAGGCUGCAGUUAUUUGCUGCACUGAAAUUCCAAACUGGCAGACAGCUUUGCUUUUCUUGGGCCUUCGCGGCAGAGCUCUCGCUUCACGUUGUUGAAAGUUUUUGUUACCUUUGUUUGAUCUCGAAUUCAGGCCGAGGACAAGUUAGAAGGGCUUGCUUGGUAUUUAGGGCACGCGGCACGUCGCUCGGGGAAGACCUUGAAGUGAACACUUCGAUAGCACUGCAGUCUUUCAAAGAGCACCUUACAAAUGAAAGCACAACUUGGGCACACUACACACAUUGCACGGAACAAUGUUCGUGGUACGGUAAGAUUAUUCUAUGUUCAACUUUGUGGGCCGAUAAUUAUUUGAGCGACGAGGCACGAGGACAGAAGAAGAAGGUUCUCAGUAGAACCGUGUACUGUGGAUUUGCUAUUACGCCUGGCAGUUAGGCAGGUUGUUUUAGUGUAUGCGUGGUUGAAGAUAUACAAAUCGCUACCAUAUAUGUAUGGAAUGUGGAGUGUUGUUUGCUGUAUUUGUUUUUGGAAUCACAAAGUUGUGUGAGCUGACCUCUACAAAACGAAUUAAACCAUGUGCCUUUCACAAUGAA